AUGGCUUUUACGAAUGCUGAUUUGAAGCAGCAAGACCCGCAAAAUAUGAGCAGAACAAAGAAAUGGGCUAUCACCUGCGUCCUUUCACAUGCUAGUCUAUGUGUAACCUGCUUCAGCUCCAUCUACACGACAACAUACGAGAAGAUGGAAGCUGAAUUAGGCAACGAUAGAAUUCUAUCAGUACUAGGCCUAUCGACAUUUGUCUUGGGUCUUGCUUUUGGCCCUACACUUUUCGGCCCGCUGAGCGAGAUAUAUGGCCGUCGACCGAUCUAUCUUACGUCAUGGGUAGCCUACCUCAUUUUUCUUAUCCCACCAAUAGUGACAGAAAGUAUCUUUUCUAUUAUAGCUUGCCGGUUCCUGAAUGGCUUCUUCGGAAGUGCCUUUUUGACGGUUUCGGGAGGAACCAUUCGAGAUAUAUUUUCCGGGGAAGAACUACAAACGCCGAUGGCUCUUUUCUCCGCCUCACAAUUCAUGGGUCCUGGUUUAGGUCCUUUACUUGGGGGGUUCAUCAACUUUCAUUCUGAUUGGCGGUGGACCUAUUACACAGUUAUUAUAUGGUCCUCUGCCGCAGCACUCAUCACGUUCAUUAGUGUUCCAGAGACAUACUGCAAGUUCCCGUGCAGCCUACUACACUACAUGUUACCAGUCACUGACAUCGCUCUCGCCCAUCAGAUCAUGUGUUACUAG